AUGAAAAGUUUUUAUUUUCUACCAUUUGUUUUAUGGGUUUUGUUAGUUAAUUGUUAUGAUUAUGAAGAUUCAAAGAAACCAUUGAAAAGACGUAAACGUCAGGUUCCGUGUGAAGUGGGACAGGAAUUAGAUGAAUAUGUGGACAGUUUGUUUCGCUUUGGUAGACGACUCAUCCGUGUUAUGGAACCAUUUUCGUUACCUAAUGUAACGGUAGAACUGGAAGAAUAUAAUGUUCAGGUGUUUCUUCAUAGUGGUGGUGCCAGUCGGGUGUAUACAUUUGAGCGUAAGAAGCCAGCCUGGGUCCUCUGCCAAAAUGAUACCAUUUCGCUGGGAUUAACCAUUGGUUUAGAAGAGGCACGAGUUAUGUAUAAAUUUAGAGUUAUUCAAGACUGGAAACUUCUUUUCGAUGGCGAAUUAGAGGCUCAAAUCAAACGACCCAAAGUUCAGGUGCAGAUCUCGCAGAAUAUACCGGUUCAACAAAGAAUCGAUAAAUUAAAAGUUUGGAGACCGGGACAGAUACUGGUCGUCAUCAGGGGUUUAGGCAAUUUGAGUUCAGCCAUUAGUAUGAUUAUCAAUAGGAUGUUACAAAACACCGAUAUGUUAGACCCAUUCAUCCGUAUGAUUGAAACCGAUGGAGUGGUCGCCGCCAAUGAACUUCUUAGAAAUAUUUCAAUUCCUAUAUUUAGUAUUAUUUAA